GAGUAGAGUAUUGUAAUAAUAGGGGUAAUAUAUCUAAUACUAAAAAUAGUGUGUAGUUUGUUGAAUUCUUCUAUAGUUCUAAAUGCUCCAAAGGGCCUAAUAUUCAAUGAAUUCUAAGGAGUCAAAAUAUUACAAACGGAUACUUUCAAACACAUCGUCAGAUAGCAAUAAUAUUUCUAUCAAUGAUUCACAAGCUACUUCAGCUAGAAAGCAGGUCUCAGAAGGAAAUCAUCCUAGGCCUGGCUUUAAUUACAACCUCCCUCCUGAGAACCAACCCUUACUGCAUCAGCCAACUUAUGAUAUUGAAAUAGACACAGUUAAAAGAAGUGACAGAACACUGGGUGUUGACUUUGGAUUUAAUAGUUUUGGCUGUUCUAUGUCCGUCAAUGAUAUUAAUCUCACCAUGAAUGACGAAGGUGCCAGGGAAAGAGAAGAAAGUUUUAUAUCAGAUACUUCCACAUUAGUUUCUCAUAACUCAAUAUACACAGUAUGGCCUGUUAAAAAAUGUACUAAUAUAUCUUGUGAUGAAAAUUCUUGUCUUUGGCACCGUUGUGUACUAAAGCUGCCACAGCAUGUUAAAUGGGAGGAUAAAACAUUAACUGUUUACUUGAAAAGAAAUGAGAAUGAAUCAUUUGGCUUCACACAUAAAAUAAAAAAGCAUAAACAGAAGGAUGAAAUCUACUUUCUGGUGUCCACGGUGGACAGAGAUGGCAAAGCAGCUCAGAGUGGUCUAUGUGUGGGAGACUUGAUGCUGUCAGCUAAUGCUGUCUCUUUGCAGUCCAAUGAUAAGUUGCCUGAAAUAAACUUGAAAAUGCAAAGUGAACUACGGCUUCAAAUACAGCACCCUUUAGACUUGUUACCUAAAGCACAGGCUUACAUCCCACGACUAGCUGAAUCUAUGGAAAUAAAUGCCCAGACCAUCAUGCCAGGUGUUACAAUGACAGAACCCCAGUCUCCACCCACAAGCCCUCAAGGCAAUGAAUUUUAUAGAAAUUUUCCUUCAGCAGGAGAGAGUAUACCCCUGAGUGAAAUUAGGCAUCCAAGGACAACUGUCAAAUGUCACAAGCUGCCCCAGAUGAGAGUUUUUGUGUGUGGCAACGCCACCAACGAACUCCUACACAACUUGUUUGGUGACAUCAUACAGUUUGACUCUAAAGUCAGCUGCUUUGAGAUUUGUAUGAAGAAGCUGGAGAACAAUACCAUACAAAUCUCAAACUCUGAGUCAUUUACCUAUCUGCUGGAGCACCCCGAGGAUUCCUGCAUCAAUGUGGAGAUUCUGGCAGUGCCAGACGAGAGUUUUUUUCACCACUGUUGUAGCUGGAUGUUCACGCCCAGAUCUCUGUUCAUCAUUGUGUUUGAUAAUAAGAAACUGACCCAAGCUCCCAAUAUAGAGAUGUCUCGCUUGUGUAAUAUAGCUCACACCAUCCACUCAGGGCUCGCAGGGGAGACCCCAAAUAUUCUCUUAUAUGGAUUGUCUUCAGUCAAUGACAAUAUAAAUCCUGAUGAAAUACGAACUCCUUUUUACACAUCAUUUGGUAAAUUGCUUCCAUCGCCUAACCUUACCUCUCUGUCAAGUGCUAAUGAAAUGAAAGCCAUCAGACUGAGUAUAUUUAAAACAUUGAAAGAGUUGUCCAACAAGCAAAAUGUGAUAGUUCAAACAGCAGUAUCUUUAGACCUUAUAGUGUCGCACACAGCUCUGACAAUUACACCCACAUUGUUAAUUCAGACUUUCAGGCCAGAGGUUAGCGUCGAGCUUUUGUCAAAAGUUGUAGGUGAGCUGACACAAACUGGAAAUCUCUUAGUCACAAGAUCUGAAUCAGAGUUCAUUGUCCCUCAUGUGUUGUACAGCCAGCUGUCUAACCUCUGUAUCUGCACAGAGAACCCACGUGUGACUAUAUCAGAGCAGGACCUGUAUUUUAAACUCUGUACCACAGGCGUUGUUACUAGGCUUGAGCUCCAAGAUAUUCUUAGCCAGUUUGUCCAGGACCCAGAUAAGCUGUUUUCCUGUUUGGAAGACUUGCAUUUGACCUACUCCAUUGCUUCACAGUACCAAGACUCUGGCUUUGAGGAUAACUCCAGCAUUUUCUUCCCUUUCUUUAUAGUAGACGUUCCUUUUGAAACACCUGAAAAUUAUGAAAGGCAAUUUACUAUUGAAUCCUCAGGCAACUUCCCCUGCUCAGCAUUCUAUUCCCUCCUGUCAGAGUUGAGCCAGUCUCAAGAUUUUCAAAAUUUUAAAAUGGAUGGUCAGUUUGUUGCCUAUGUCAAAAUGCACGACCAAGACCUUUGUCUACAUUAUAAGAAAACAGCUAACCAGAUAAUUAUAUUCAAGAAGAGAUCUGGUAGUGAUUCAGGCAAAAAUCCCAUCGCCCAACUCAUCCAUCAGAUCAUUAGCCGCCUUGUCCCAAGAAGUGCCAAAGUAAAAUUGACUUUGGGAGAUAGGAGCCCGUCCACAGAUAGGUGCAGUGCUCCACUGACAUUGGGAGACAGGAGCCCCUCUACAGAUAGGUGCAGUGCUCCAGAGGGCGCUGCAGCUAACUGUGGUGGUGCCAGUCCAACAGAGGGCGCCGCAAGCUCUGUCAGUUUAACAGGGGCAUCUAUGGCAUAUGCAAUCUUUGACAAUAAAAUUGAAAUUCCAUUGCACCUUCUCCCUGGAGCUAAUGCCAUGAGUCCGCCAGAUCUUAUGGAGAAAGCUUUCAUAUACGUCCUAGAUAUGAGUGUUGUUGACUUGAGGUUUAUUCACGCUUCAAUGAUUCCAAUUUUUCAGCAACUUAGCAUACAAAAUGCCUGGGAAUCUCUAGCAGGCAACUUGGGGCUGACCAUGCAAGAAAUUCAACUGUACACAGCCAUGCAGCACAUCAGGACCAGCAGUCUGCCUGCCCAGACAUUUCUACAGCUCUACUUCAUGGAGACUCGCUGCACACUUCGAAACUUCCUCAGUGCUCUCCUCCUGAUGAGGGAGGAGAACCCCAGCAUGGUGGAGCUGGCUGAGAACCUCUGGAACGCUGCUCUGGCUGGGAACAUUCCACCACACCUGCGAGGCCACUUCAACAACUUUUACCACUCUUGAGGUCUUUUUUUAUAGUUAUCACAGCUUCAACUCUUAAACUGGAACACUAUGACUGUUAGCAUGUGUGCUUGAUCAAAUGAAGAGCAGUCUACUACGAGAAGAUCUUGGGUCAUAAAACAUUGUUCUAAUCUCAAAUAUAAUUCAGCCAGUAUAUACCAAUGCAGCUAAUUUACUAGAGUGACAUUAUCAUCAAUAGAAUUUGUUGGAUUUUUUUUUAAAUGUCAGUUUACACACAGUUUGAUAACUGAAACUAAAACAUUCUUAUAAAAUAUAAUUAUUAUGUAAUUGAUAAACAAUGUUAAUAUUUAAAAAAAUCAAAUAUCACUUUAGAAAAUUAGAAAUGUUAAAAUAAUGAAGAUAUUUUUGUUAAAUUUCACCUCUCUGUUCCUGUUACUGUUUUUUUAUUACAUGAUUAAUACCAUAUUUACAAAUGUAAUUUUGUUUAGUUGGUAUACAACAAUAUUAGAAGUAUAUAUAAAGCAUAGAAAGGAAAUUUUGUUUCUUUGUUAAUUUAUUAGAAAUUUCAUUUUGAUAUCAAUGAACUGUUAACCAGAUUUCUGAUAGCAAAGUUUGUUAAUUUAUCUGUUGUGUUGGAGAAACUAGCUAGUUGCCUCAAGUUGUGUGAGAAUGAUUUUGUCAGCUAUUGCUAUGUGGCUGUUUGAAUCAGUUUUAAGAAUGAAGAUGUGGGACAGUGUGGUUAAGUAGUAGAGGACACAGUUGUUAACCUGAGAAUCUUGAUAUCAAUUCGCUGGUUUAAUCCACUAGCGCUACUGAGCGCUCAGCUCAGGACUAGCAUACGUCGCUGAUUAUAGUGUUGACUACACAAUCUGUUAUACGCUGGGCUGAGAAAACAGAAGAGUUUAUUGAACUGUGUAAAGUGUACUUUCUAGUAUCUUGGUGGCAAUUGGUUAUAGUGCUGAUUACACAAUCUGGGAUACUCUGGGCUGAGAAAACAGAAGUCUAAUGAACUGUGUAAAGUGUACUUUCUAAAAUUAAAAAAUGUUAAAAUUUAAAUUCAAGUUUAGGAUAUUGCUAGGUUAGCCUGAACAUACAGUAGCUUUACAGACAUCUUGGUCUCCACAUGACCCCUGAGUGUGGUAUUCACAUGACCCUGAGUGUGGUAUUCACAUGAUGGAUGAGUGUGGUAUUCACAUGAACCCCUAUGUGGGGUAUUCACAUGAUGGAUGAUUGUGGUAUUCACAUGAUUGAUGAGUGUGGGGUAUUCACAUGAUUCAUGAGUGUGGUAUUCACAUGAUCGAUGAGUGUGGUAUUCACAUGACCCCUGAGUGUGGUAUUCACAUGAUCGAUGAGUGUGGUAUUCACAUGACCCCUGAGUGUGGUAUUCACAUGAUUUAUGGCUGUGGUAUUCACAUGAUCGAUGAGUGUGGUAUUCACAUGAACCCCUAUGUGGGGUAUUCACAUGAUUGAUGAGUGUGGGGUAUUCACAUGAUUCAUGAGUGUGGGGAAUUCACAUGACCCCUAUGGGGGGUAUUCACAUCAUUGAUGAUUGUGGUAUUCACAUUAUUGAUGACUGUGGUCUCCACAUUGUUGAUGCGUGUGGUAUUCACAUGAUUGAUGAGUGUGGUCUCCACAUGAUUGAUCAGUGUGAUUUCCCCUAAAGAAGUUAGCAACAGUGAGGUUAAAUGUCGUUUUAUUUACAAGCUGUUAGAAUAAUGGUGAUUGUGAUGAUAGCUGAAAUAUAUUUGAAUUAAGUCCAUAGUGCACUGUUCAAACCAUCUGGUAUUUGAAUGAUUGUUGAAACGUUACCCAAUGCUCAAAUAUUGCCAUAAACUAGCAUGUUUUCUGUCUUUUCCUUUUGAAAUCACAGAUGACAAUUUAAAAAUAAAAUGUUAUCAUGUUGAAUAAGUUGUCCAUCAACUACCUAUGAGCAUUGCAACACAUGAUGAUAACUUAACAUUAUAGGAGCUGCUUUAGUCUUUUAAAAAAAUCAAAAUUUCUAUUUUAGAAAGUUCAACUACUCUUAAAAUCAGAAAAAAUUUACACAUUUUAUUUAAGAUUUUUAAAAUAGCUGACCACUGGUUAUAUUUAAUCUGAGUAUAAAGAAAUACUUAAUAUAACAAAUAACACCUUGUUUAUUACAAUGAAAACCCUCUUUGACUGUGUUUACCUAAGGGUUUCAUGGAAGAGUGUUACUGUUCCUAUGUAUAUUAUUGAUGCAUAAUAUUCCAUGUCUUAUAUCUCGCCAAAGUUUAUUAAAGCCGCUUUAUACUUUUGUAUGUCAGGUUUCGCUCUAUUAAAAGAAAGAUUUAAUAUUUUAACAUAAGAUUUUUAUGUCAUAAUAAAGCUCCUUAUGCCUGGCACCCUGAGAGGUAACAUUGUUAUUUUCUUGUGUUGGUGCAGGCUCAGGUGUAAAGAUUUAAUAUUUUAACUUCAGAUUUGUAACUUCACAUUAUAAGAUUUUUUAAAAUGUUAACGUGAAAUACGUGUAACUAAUUUUCUUCAGCUUUCUUAAUGUACAGUUAACUUUUUUAUAACAAACUUGGUGGGGACUUAAAUGACGUAUAAAAUAUCUAUAUACAAUUCUGUGGCUCACAAGUUUGAUUUCACAUAUUAAACAGAAUUUGAUGGAGAGUUCAAGUGUAAUUUGACGUUUGAAGAUUUUAAAUGUACAUAAUUGGUAUUUGGGAACUUAAAUGUACAAAAGAAACAUUUGAUUAAUGGAAAAUUUAAUUGCCAGGUGUUUUUUUGUUCUGUUUUUUUGGACAUUAUUCCAUUUCACUGUGAUUUAUUAUUUCCUGUUAAUACAGUUUAUAUUUAUUUAAUAAUUUUUGUUAGUAAAGACCAGUUUAUGUAGAAAGACAGCACACAAAGCAGUUUGACAAUAUAUAAAAUUAUAUGACAACAUACAAAAUAAUUUGACUGCAGACAAAAUAACUCACCCCAAGAAAAGGUAUCAGUUGCUCAUGUACCUACUCAUUGUUUUUAUAUCUUCUCUUUGUUUUUAUUUUUUUGUUUAUAAUCAGCAAUAGACAGUAUCCAUAUAUACAUCACUGUUGCUUUUGUGCCUUGUGUUAACAUAGCAUUUUCACCAUCGUACAGUUUUUAUAUCAAUAUGUAUAUUUACUUACACACUCAAAUAUAACCAUGCAAACUCAUAACAGAAUUUAAAAUUUAAAAUAAACUAAACUUGAUAUAAC